AUGGAUCAUGAACGCGGAUUUCCUGCCACUGUUGUCCCUCUUGCUGCUGCCCUGACUGCUGCAGCCAAAUGUGCUGCUGCCCUGCGUUCUGCUGCCCUGUGUGCUGCUGCCCUGCGUUCUGCUGCCCUGUGUGCUGCUGCCCUGCGUUAUGCUGCCCUGUGUGCUGCUGCCUUGCGUUCUGCUGCCCUGUGUGCUGCUGCCCUGCGUUCUGCUGCCCUGUGUGCUGCUGCCCUGCGUUCUGCUGCCCUGUGUGCUGCUGCCCUGCGUUCUGCUGCCCUGUGUGCUGCUGCCCUGCGUUAUGCUGCCCUGUGUGCUGCUGCCUUGCGUUCUGCUGCCCUGUGUGCUGCUGCCCUGCGUUCUGCUGCCCUGUGUGCUGCUGCCCUGCGUUCUGCUGCCCUGUGUGCUGCUGCCCUGCGUUCUGCUGCCCUGUGUGCUGCUGCCCUGCGUUCUGCUGCCCUGAGUGCUGCUGCCCCACCUGCUGCUGCCCCAGCUGCUCUCUUGUCUGUUGCUGCCCUCUCGGUCGCUGUCCUCUUUGUUGCCGCGGUCUCUGUUGCACUCCUCCCAGUUGCUGACCUUCCUGAUGCAGCCCUUCCUGCUGCCCUACCUGUCGAGUUCCUCGCCGCCGAUUUCUAUGUGAUGGCCCUACAUUCUGCUGCUGAUGCUGUUGGGGCUGCUGCCGUCGCCCUUGUUGCCGCUGCCGCUGCUGCCUAUCUCCCAGCGUCUGCUGCUCCCGUCCUUGCUGCUGCCCCUGCUGUUGCUGGUGCUGCUGUUCCUCCUGCCGCCCCUGCUGCCCCUGCUGCCCCUGCUGUUGCUGUUGCUGCUGUCCCUGCUGCUGCCGUCCCUGCUGCUGCCGUCCCCGCUGCUGCCGUCCCUGCUGCUGCUGCCCCAGCUGCUGCUGCCCCAGCUGCUGCUGCCCCUGCUGCUGCUGUCCCUGCUGCUGCUGUCCCUGCUGCUGCUGCCCCUGCUGUCCCUGCUGCUGCUGCCCCUGCUGCUCCUGCCCCUGCUGCUGCUGCCCCUGCUGUCCCUGCUGCUGCUGCCCCUGCUGCUCCUGCCCCUGCUGCUGCUGCUGCUGCUGUCCCUGCUGCUGCUGCCCCUGCUGCUGCUGCCCCUGCUGUCCCUGCUGCUGCUGCCCCUGCUGCUCCUGCCCCUGCUGCUGCUGCUGCUGCUGCUGUCCCUGCUGCUGCUGCCCCUGCUGCUGCUGGCGCUGCUGCUGCUGCCCCAGCUGCUGCUGCUGCUGCUGCUGCCCCUGCUGCUGCUGUCCCUGCUGCAGCUGUCCCUGCUGCUGCUGCCCCAGCUGCUGCUGCUGCUGCUGCCCCUGCUGCUGCUGUCCCUGCUGCAGCUGUCCCUGCUGCUGCUGCCCCUGCUGUCCCUGCUGCUGCUGCCCCUGCUGCUCCUGCCCCUGCUGCUGCUGCCCCUGCUGUCCCUGCUGCUGCUGCCCCUGCUGCUCCUGCCCCUGCUGCUGCUGCUGCUGCUGUCCCUGCUGUUGCUGCCCCUGCUGCUGCUGUCCCUGCUGCUGCUGUCCCUGCUGCUGCUGCUGCUGCUGCCCCUGCUGCUGCUGCCCCUGCUGCUGCUGCCCCUGCUGCUGCUGUCCCUGCUGCUGCUGCCCCUGCUGUCCCUGCUGCUGCUGCCCCUGCUGCUCCUGCCCCUGCUGCUGCUGUUGCUGCUGCCCCCCUCCCCGUUGCCGCUGCUGCCUCCCUCCAUGUUGCUGCCGCCUCCCCCUCUGCGGCCGGUUUGACCGCCUCCCCCCUUGCCCUUGAUGUUGUUCCCCCCCCCCUUCUGGUUCGGUUGCUUCCUCCCUCCCCAUGGCUACAUCUGCCUCCUCCCCAUCCGACCCUUGCUGUUCAUGGUUCUGCCGCCCUUGCCCCACUUCCACUUGCUCACCGUCAAUUUCCUCGGACGCAUCUGUCGAGUAUGAAUAAUCUGUUUCUUCAUUGGUUAAAUCUCCUACUUCUGUCCCCGCGCCCCCCUCACCACCACCUGGGCCUUUCCUAG